AAAUCCAACCUUCCAUCAUCACAAAUUCUCUACAACAAUCACAUUUCCCAUUCCCAUACCCUUCAUCAAUACAAUGGCUUCUUCAACCUCCUUCUUCCUCUUCUUCCUCCUCGUCUCGUGCCUGGCCCUCGAGGCGGCCGCAGGGCGCGAGGUCCCGACGGACUCCAAGAUGUCCUUCGACGGCACUGUGUGGAUCCCGGGCCUCGGCCGUUACAUGAUCCCCAAGAAAGGCUCCAAGUCCUUGGACUACAACCCCAUCACCGGAGCCCCGGGAGGGAACGGUUUGUCCAUCCCUGGGUUCGGUGGCUCGACCGGAGGUCGCAACUACAUCCCUGGUGGAGACGACACCUUCGUGCCUAAUCCUGGCACGGAGGUGCCCGUCUCUGGCGGUGGGGGGAUCCCUGUACCCUCCAACCCUUGAGCUCAUAUGAGAUGAGAAAGGUUGAAAUCUAAGUUUUUUACCGUUUAUUUUUUCCUUAUGUUGUAUAAGGGUGUGCAGCUCUCUGCCAUGUUUGUCGUCAAUAAAAAGUGUGUGUGUGUUUCUCUA